AGGCGGCAAGUACCCGAAACCCAUAUAAACCCCUCUUCAAUCCCAGAAAAUAUCUCGUGUUCUUACAAAUGAAAUACUUUCCUCACUCUCUCCCUGCUUAGAUCAAAAUGAAUAAAUCUCCAACUUCUGAAUUCGGAACAUUUUCAUCUCCGCCUUCGAUGUUUCUAGGACAAAAAGGAAGUACUCAUGGAGAGUGUUCUGGUUUUACUGAUUCUUCUUCUUCAACUCCACUGAUGGUUGAACCACUUACUGCUAUAAAACAAUUUUCUUUAGAAGAAAAUUCUAAUAGAGAGAAAUUUUCUGAGAGUAAUUUGAAGAUUAAGGGGGAAAAUACAAGAGUGGGUUCAAUACCUCAACCUUUAGAAUGUUUACAAGGUAAUCCUGUUCCUCCAUUUCUCUCGAAAACUUAUGAUUUAGUUGAUGAUCCGUCCUUGGAUAAGGUGAUUUCUUGGGGAUUGAAUGGUCAGAGUUUUGUGGUUUUGGACACGAUGGAAUUUUCCAAAGUUGUACUUCCGCGGAACUUUAAGCACAACAAUUUCUCCAGUUUUGUUCGGCAGCUAAAUACUUAUGGUUUUCGCAAAGUUGAAACUGAUCGCUGGGAAUUUGCAAAUGAAGAUUUUUUACGUGGGAGGAGGCACUUGUUGAAAAACAUCCACAGGCGCAAGUCUCUCCAAGGACAGCAAAUUGGGGGAUUCUCACAGUUCACUGGUGAAACAGGGAUAUCCAAAUUGGAUGGUGAGGUACAGCAGCUGAGAAAUGACAGGAAUUUCUUGAUACAGGAGCUCUCAAACCUGCACCGAGAGCAUCGAGGGAGAGCUGAACAGGUAGAGGCAAUGAAACAGCGGAUGACAGUGGCGGAACAGAGACAGAAGCAGAUGCUUUCAUUCUUGGCGAAAGUUCUACAGAACCCUGUAUUCUUGUCCCGUCUUCAGCUAAUGAAGAAGCAGAGAGAGAUUACUUCUCCAAGGAUGAAAAGAAAAUUCAUCAAGCAACAGUCAGCUGAUGGCUGUAAACUAGCUUCAUCUGUAGAAGGGAAGAUCGUGAACUAUGACUCAAAAUUGUGCCAUGUUGCUUCUUCAGCACUUUCAGAUAUAGAAGAACCUGUCACAGAUAAGCAUCUAACUGACAAUUUCUUAGACGAUAUGGUGGGGAAACUAGAGCUUGGUGCAACUCAUAAGCAAGUUCAGGUUUGGAACGUUGCCUCAAAUGAAUUAGUGCAAGAACUUGUGGGUGCUUCAGGUCAGAUGGGAAUGGAGAUACUGGAUGUAGGAUCUCUGGGAUGUCAGGGAGGCAAGGAAGUAUUAAACGGUCAACCUGAAGUUGUUGGGGAACCUUUUGUCUCCUUUGCGGAGGAUUUGGCGAAGGAGAAGACGUUUCCUGACUUUAUGUCGCCAGGAGUUGAAAGCAUCAUUAAAGAGGAGGACAUCUGGAGCAAGGGAUCCGAAAUCAGUUUUGGUCUGCCUACUUCUACCAGUGAUAUAUGGGGUGAUAUUGCCAACUUUGACCCUCAAGAUCUUCAAGUCAUAGGUGGAUUUUCAAAUCUGUGGGACCAGGAAUUCGAAGCUGCUGGAGGUUCAGGAAGUAAUAUGUGGGCCGAUGAUGAACUGUCUUUCAAUGACACUGAAAGCAGUCCAGACAACUAGAAUAUAAUAGCCAUUUAGGAUAGUAUAGUAUGGUUCAUAUUUAUUUUCCUGGUUGAAGGUUUUCUGACGUUUGAAUGAUUGACUAAAA